AUGCAGCGUGACCCAGUUCUAGCUGAAAAGUUAAAUAGUAAAAUCGAUGAAUACGUCAGAAAAGGCUAUGCACGAAGAAUCACCCACCAAGAAAUUGUGGAGAAUAAGGACCGUUCAUGGUACUUACCAGUUUUUCCUGUGGAAAAUCCAAAUAAACCUGGAAAAAUUAGGAUCGUUUGGGACGCUGCUGCUGCAGUUCGCGGGACUUCACUCAAUUCCUUACUCCUCAAAGGCCCUGAUCAACUUACUCCUCUGACGUCCGUCAUCUAUAAAUUCAGACAACACAAGAUCGCGAUUUGUGGGGAUAUAAUGGAAAUGUACCACCAAGUCGGUAUUCGAGAGGAGGACCAACAUUACCAGCGUUUCUUGUGGGGCUAUGGCGAAGAAGGGCAACCCGAUACAUACAUUAUGAAAGUGAUGACCUUUGGGGCAACUUGUUCCCCAUGUACCGCACAUUUCGUCAAAAAUACCAACGCCGAUAACUUUGCAGCUGAAUUUCCAAGAGCGGCCUGUUCUAUUAAGGAAAAUCAUUACGUAGAUGACCUGAUGGAUAGUGUUCCGACUGAGGAAGAGGCCAUCACAUUAGCUCAGGAGAUUCGACACAUUCACAAGCAGGGUGGGUUUCACAUCAGAAACUGGGUUUCCAAUUCGUCCGCAGUUCUAAGAGCACUUCAAUCAGAACCAACAGAACAAAAAAGCAUGAACGCCGAUGUUGAACUAGGUACAGAAAAGGUGCUUGGGAUGUGGUGGUGCACCUCUUUAGACUGCCUUACGUUCAAGCUUACUACAAACCCAAAUCAAAGGGAAAUUCUUUUUGGGUCAAAACGUCCAACUAAGCGUGAAGUCCUCAGAGUUAUGAUGACAAUUUUUGAUCCUUUAGGACUUAUAUCGUGUUUCCUCAUGUACAUCAAGAUUCUGCUCCAAGAGAUCUGGCGAUCUAAAAUAGAGUGGGAUGAUGAAAUCAAAAACGAUGAAUACAAAAAAUGGCUGAAAUGGGUGCAUCAUCUAUCCAAAGUCGAGGAGGUUAAGAUUCCAAGAUGUUACGUGACUUCAACUCUGGGCUCCGAUGUACAAUUGCAUGUUUUCGUCGACGCCAGCGAAAACGGUUUCGCGGCGGUAGCGUACAUAAGAAGUUCCAACAACGGGCUAGUGGAGACUAGUCUUAUAGGGGCGAAAACUCGUGUAGCACCUCUUAAGGCCUUAUCAAUUCCUCGCUUGGAACUGCAGGCAGCGCUACUUGGGCAGCGCUACUUCUGGUCAGACUCCAAAACCGUUUUGUGUUGGCUCCGAUCUGAUCACCGCAGAUACCGGCAGUACGUAGCAUUUCGAGUUAGCGAAAUUUUAGAACUUACCGAUAUAGAAGAAUGGAAAUGGAUUCCUACAAAUAUGAACGUUGCGGACGAAGCCACAAAAUGGCAAAAACCUCCAGAGUUCAAAGACACUAGCCGAUGGUUCAAUGGACCAGCUUUUUUGAAAACCUCUGCAGAUCAAUGGCCGCAGGAAGUUGUCGUGGGUUCUACAAUUGAAGACCUUAAAACUAACUUUGUUGCCAUUCAUACUUUCGGUCGAGAUACUAUUUUCCGAUUCAAUGAAAUCCCUACCUGGUGGAAGCUGCUUAGGAGUACGGCGUAUGCCCUUCGAUUUGUGCACAACACAAGCACUAAAAGAAACAAGACAAUCAAGGUGAGUGGCCUUUUGUCAUGUGAAGAACUACAGAACGCGCAAAACGAACUGUUAAGAGAAGCACAAAUUUGUGAAUACGCCGAAGAGGUUGCAGACUUAACCAUGAACCGUUGUGUCGAGAAAAGCAGUCCGCUUUUUAAUCUGUGCCCCUUCCUGGAUGAAAAUUGUCUCAUUCGAACCAAUAGCAGAAUCCGUUUGGAAGAAAAACUCAGCCUGGACUUCCGACUACCCAUUAUCCUGCCAAGAUUUCAUCGCAUAACCACUCUUAUUAUCGAAGAUGUUCAUCAUCGUUACAACCAUCAAAACGAUGAAACUGUGGUAAAUAUUCUUCGCGAAAACUUUUACAUUUCUCAGGUGCGAUCAGCUUUGAGGGCCAUCAAGAAAGAUUGUUCGCAGUGCAAGAUUAAUAGAGCUUCUCCACGCCCUCCAAUCAUGGCACCACUUCCACAGGCGCGACUCGCGUCUUUCUGUCGACCAUUUUCGUACGUUGGCGUCGACUUCUUUGGCCCCCUUUUGGUUACUGUAGGUCGAAGAACUGAAAAGCGCUGGGGAGUGCUUCUAACCUGUCUCACCAUAAGGGCAGUCCACAUAGAAGUUGCUCAUACCUUGACUACAGAUUCAUGUAUCCUCUGUAUCAGAAACUUCAUUGCCAGAAGAGGAACGCCCAUCGAGAUUCAUAGCGACAACGGCACUAAUUUUCACGGCGCAGAACGGGAGCUACGGGAAGCGGCUAGUUGUAUCCAGAGUGAUAGAUUGGCGGAAACAUUUACUACUACAAGCACUCAAUGGAAAUUUAUACCACCGGCUUCACCGCAUAUGGGUGGUAGCUGGGAGCGCUUAGUACGCUCCAUUAAAAACACCCUUUAUGCUAUUGCGCCGACAAGGAAUCCGAAUGACGAAUUGCUGCGCAGUAUGUUGAUAGAAGCAGAAAAUAUAAUUAAUUCACGGCCCUUGACAUACAUUCCAAUAGACCCUGCAAAUCCAGAAGCUCUCACACCUAACCACUUUUUAUUAGGCUCGGCCAGUGGUUCCAAACCUUUGGUGGAAUUUAACGACGACGUGACAGUGCUACGUAAAAAUUGGCUCACCUCACAGCAGUUUGCGGACCGCUUCUGGAAGCGCUGGGUAGCAGAAUACUUGCCCACACUUACCAGGCGUACAAAAUGGUUCACACCCGCAAAACCUUUAGAGGUCGGCGAUAUAGUCCUGGUCGUUGACCCAACUAGUCCCAGAAACAGUUGGGCUAAAGGACGAAUAAUCAAAGUUAAGCUUUCAAAAGACGAUCAAGUACGAAGCGCUUUCAUACAAACGCAGAGUGGAAUCUACGAAAGACCUGCCGUCAAAUUGGCCCUUCUCGACAUCAAAGCUCCCAAUGAGUCUCCAGGAGAAACUACCAAGGGGGAGUGUUGA